AUGGCCAGGAAGAAGGUUAAGCUUCAGUGGAUUGUCAACGACACCGCUCGUAAAGCCACAUACAAGAAAAGAGUGAAGGGUCUGAUGAAAAAGGUUAAAGAACUCAGUAUUUUAUGCGGCGUUGAUGCGUGUGCCAUCACCUACAGCCCCUAUCAUCAACAACCUGAAGUUUGGCCUUCCCCCAGUGAGGUCGAACGAGUGCUUGCUGACUUCAAGAGCCGGCCGGAGAAUGACCAAACUAAGAAGGUCCUAAACCAAGAAAAUUUCACCUGGCAGAGGAUAACCAAAGCGAGGGACGAACUGGGGAAACAGCAGAAGAAAAACAGGAAGAGCGAGAUUGAACAUCUAAGGACCCAGUGUUUGAGUGGUAAGCGGUUGGAGGGUUUAGACAGCAGAGACCUGGGGGAUUUGAUGUGGGCAAUUGAUGAUCAGUUGGAGGGAGUAAAGCACAGGAUGAGUCUGGUUCCCGUUGCCCAGCCCCAAGUAGCAGGAGCUGGGGGUAGUAGCAGUAGUAAUGCAGGCAUUGGGGGGACUAUUGCUGGUAUUGGUGGUGUGGGUGGUGUUAGUGGUGUAGUGGGAGCGGGUGCGAGUAUGGGUAUGGGUGUUUCAAAUGUUGGUGCUUUUGCUGGUGUUGGUGCAGUUCUUUCGGGAAUUGGCACUUUUUGUGGUGUUGUAGAUGCUCCUGCUUAUGCGGCUCCUCCAGGUACUACAGAUUCAGUUUCAGGCAUUGGUGCUCUUUCAGAUGUUGGUGGUGGCGGUGUCCCGGGGGUCGUUUCUCUUCCUUUUUCCAGUAUUAAUGGUGCUGGUGCUGGUGCUGGUGUUGGUGCUGGUGCUGCUCUUGGCUCCGGUGCUGCCGGUAGUGCUAUUGGUGCUGCUCAAAAGACCAGUUUUGAGCUCGCCAUUGAGGCUCUGGAGAAUCAAAUAUUUAUGGAACAAAACCAACAAAUCCAGAACGAAAACAUGGUCAAUGUAUUGGGAGAUCAAGAGAUGCUACCAUUGGACUAUGACGUCUCCAAUUUCUGGCGCAAUCCCUACAUUCACUGA